GGCCGUUUUCUAAGACGCAAGGGAAGGGAGUAGGCGAGGAGCAGAGGGGAUUCGGUUGCGAUGGCCUCCUCCUCCUCGUCCUUGUCAUCGGCGCCGGCGCGCGGCGGCAACCCCCUGGAGGAGUUGACCGGGCGCGUGAAGGCGCUGGAGGCGGGGUUCCGCGCGUGGAUGGCGAAGCAGCCCAUCCACGUCGAGGCGGCGGUGACCACGGCGGUGGGGGUGGUUCAGGGCGGGGCGCUCGGGGGACUCAUGGGCUCACUCACCGCCGAUGGGGGAUCGCCGUUUCCCAUGCCGCCGCCGCCGCCCAACGCCAACCCGCAGGCCGUGGCAUCUUUCAAGCAGGCGCAGGCUUUAGCUGGUGGACCGUUGGUGCAAGCGCGGAAUUUCGCAGUUAUGACUGGUGCAAACGCAGGCAUAUCAUGUGUUAUGAGAAGGAUACGCGGAGCAGAGGACAUCCAGGGCAGCAUGGCAGCUGCUUUUGGUUCUGGUGUUCUGUUCUCUCUAGUGAGUGGAAUGGGGACUCCUAAUCCAGUCGCAAGUGCCAUUACAUCUGGUGUCGCUUUUGCGGUAUUUCAAGGUGGAUUUUUCAUGGUUGGGCAGAAGUUCUCGAAGCCACGGGGUGUGAGUGAAGAUACCUAUUAUUCCAGUACAAGGAGCAUGUUACAAGAACUAGGCCUCGAGAAAUAUGAGAAGAAUUUCAGGAAGGGUCUUCUUACUGAUCAUACCUUGCCCCUCCUUACUGACAGUGCUCUGAGAGAUGUGAAGAUCCCCCCUGGGCCCAGACUUCUCAUACUUGAUCAAAUUAAAAGGGAUCCUGGGUUGGCGAAAGCACAGUGAAAACUUGCGUCUGUUUGCUGGUGGUUAUUUUUUUGGUUGAUAGAUAAGGAUUAUCGGAAGCUAUGUCUGUCUCGAUUUCUAGUUAUUAUUAUCAGACUGUAGUCAGUUUUGCAUUUUUGUAUUGAUUUUCUAGUAAUAAGUAGUUGUGUGCUUUAGUUGA